GAGGCAGGCGCGGCACCUGCCUGGGAGGAGCCGCCGCGCCGCGGGCAGGAAGAUGGCGAGCGUGCAGCUGGAGUUCCAGGCCAGCGCUGGCGAGGCGGACCCGCAAAGCCGCCCGGUGCUGGUGCUUGGCCAGCUGCAGAACCUCCACCGGCUGCCGUGGGCUCACGUGCGGGGCAAGCUCCAGCCCAGGGUCACCGAGGAGAUAUGGCAAGCGGCAUUAAAUACUUUGAACCCCAACCCCACCGACAGCUGUCCCCUCUACCUGAACCAUGCCACAGUAGCUGCUUUACCUUCCCGGGUGAGUCGACACAACAGCCCAUCUGCUGCUCAGUUCCUGACCCGGCUUAUCCGGACGUGCUUGCCUGGAGGAACCAAGAGAUGCAUCCUUAUGGUGUGUGAGCGCUCAGAGGUCUUUGCUUCAGCUUGUGCCAUAGCUCGGGCCUUCCCACUCUUCACGCUUCGCUCCAGUUCAUCUAGACGUACAGAAAAGAAGACCGUGGUUGUGGAGUUUUUCUUAAUUGGGCAGAACAAUGGCCCAGUAGAGGUUGAGAUGCUGAAAUGUCUAGAAAGUGCUACAGAAGGGGUUAGACUGGCAGCUCGAAUCGUUGACAGCCCUUGCAAUGAAAUGAACACUGACAAGUUCCUGGAGGAAAUCAGAAAAGUGGGAAAGGAUUUGGGGAUUGUGCCAACAAUUUUCCAAAAUGAAGAACUAAAGGAGAAAGGAUUUGGAGGCAUCUACGGGGUUGGGAAAGCAGCCGUUCACCCACCCGCUCUAGCUGUGCUCAGUCAUACGCCAGAAGGAGCCACACAGACUAUUGCCUGGGUUGGGAAGGGCAUUGUCUAUGACACUGGAGGACUCAGCAUCAAAGGAAAGACAACAAUGCCUGGAAUGAAACGAGAUUGUGGUGGGGCUGCUGCUAUUUUGGGUGCCUUCAAGGCCACUGUGAAACAAGGCUUUAAAGACAAUCUUCAUGCUGUGUUUUGCUUGGCUGAGAAUUCUGUUGGACCAAAUGCAACAAGACCUGAUGACAUUCAUGUUCUUUACUCGGGAAAAACUGUGGAAAUCAACAAUACUGAUGCUGAGGGGCGUCUGGUACUUGCCGACGGCGUCUUCUAUGCUUGCAAAGACCUUGGGGCUGACAUCAUUCUUGACAUGGCCACUCUCACAGGUGCUCAGGGAAUCGCCACGGGGAAGUACCAUGCGGCUGUCCUCACCAAUAACGAAGAGUGGGAACAGGCCUGUAUUAAAGCAGGCAGAAACUGUGGUGAUCUGGUUCACCCCCUCGUCUAUUGCCCAGAGCUCCAUUUUAGUGAAUUUACCUCAGCUGUAGCCGACAUGAAAAACUCAGUGGCGGAUCGAGAUAACUCUCCCAGCUCCUGUGCUGGACUUUUUAUUGCUUCACACAUCGGGUUUGAUUGGCCUGGUGUUUGGGUCCACAUAGAUAUUGCAGCUCCCGUCCAUGCGGGAGAAAGAGCCACUGGCUACGGUGUGGCUUUGUUGCUGUCACUCUUUGGCCGUGCCUCUGAAGACCCUCUGCUGAAUAUGGUCUCACCGUUGGGCUGCAGCGGAGACCCCUUAGAAGACGACAUGGGGAGAGAUUGCAAGAGACGGCGCUUGGUUUAAUUCCCCUCCUCUUCCUAUUUUGGAGCUGGCAUGCCAGAAUUACCUCACUUUGCACUGAUCAAUUUCCUAAAAUCUUAAAAUAGCAUGUGUCAGAAAUGGCCAUUUCAAGUGUAAAAGAAAAUAGACACAAAAGUUGUGGUUGCUUCUUUCCUGAUUUUCCCUGAUAAUGAAAAGUCCAGUCCUACUGGUUUCUAAGAAUGGUUUGCAUUAUUUUCUAGUUUUUUGCGAAUGUGUAACAACUUUGCAGCUCCCGGCCCUUGUUGAGGAGGGCCUAGAAAUGUUUCUCAUCUCUUCCCUUUCAAAAACUAUCUGAGCCUAAUAAUUACAACGGUUUGACCUCUUACUCCCUAUAGAGUUUUUUUAGUUAGUUUCCUGAAUUCUCACUCUUGUCGGGGCUACCUUAGCCCCUUGUCUAUCAAAACAUAUAGAGGGGGAAACAAUGCAGUUGUCACCAUACAGUCUAGACCAGUGUUUCUCAAUCUGAGCACCUUUAAAAUGUAUAGACUUCAACUUGGCUGGCUGGAGAAUUCUAGGAGUUAAAGUCCACACAUCUUAAAGUAGUGACGAAGUGCAUACUUCAUGGUUAAAGGCACUGUUUCCAGCCAUUCUGCCGCUGAACUCCAAUUCUCUUCUGUCCUGCUUCUUGGACAACUCAACCUCCUUUUUUGACCCCUGCAGGUAGGUGAGCAAUAACUAGAGUGGGAAGAUUUGAAGGAACAAUGACUCUCUUGCCCUGCAUCACACUGGGAAACGUGAAGCCCGACAUCUGCUUAAGUUGUAAGGUGGCAAUCUUGGGAUAAGAAUCACUUUAGGCUGUGCUAUACCCAUGACAUUAAUGGAGGCCUUAAUCCCUAUCUUUAAAAAUAGGCUUUGAACAAAAUUUUCCCCCACUUGCUUUUCUUGCAUGAUUAUUUUAUCAGUGUGACCCAGUGCACAUCUCCAUGAAGUUCUUAACAUGCUUGUGCUAAUGAAUUACAUCAAUGUUUAGAAUUAAAGACCUUGUGGGAGGUAACCACGCCAGAAUAAAGCUUCUCUUGUUUCAACAUUGUUUGGGUUUUAAAAUCAGAUUUACAAUGUUUUGUUUUGUUUUGUGCUAAUCCCUGAAGGUGUUCCAAAGAUGUUAGAGAAAUUUAUGGAAGAUACACAGAUUGCUAUAUUGAUGGAAAGGAGCUAAAUGCAGCUGGAGCAGUUAAUGUCUCAUGAGUAGGUCAUGAGAGCAAUUGGAACCAUGGAGGUUCCAAGGAAAGCAAUUUCUCUUGCUCUUCUUGGAGUCCCCAUUGGGCCUCUGGUUGGCCAGUCCUUUCUGGAAACAAAGGCCUGGAUUGGCUGGACCUAAUGCAUUUUUAUUAUACCUUUUGUGUCAAAGGCCUAAAGUAGGACCAUGCUAGGAAGGUCGCUCUAUCUUUUAACCCAUUACUAACAUUAAAACCUUAGUGUCAAUGAGUUAGGGCUACCAUGACCAUGCUAUCCAAUUAGGCAUCCACUGCCGGAAUCAUAGCACCUAUUACAGAUGUUCAGUCUUUGCUUGAAUAUAUCCAGCAAAAGGGAGUUACUAUUUUUAUAGAGAAUUGGUUCUAUUAUUAAAGUGCUGUCACUAUUUAGAAAACUUUUUAACCUGCAGGCAGACUCUUCUUUUUCUUGGGCAAAGUCAUUAUUCUGUGUUCUACACACAAGAUUGUGACCACUGUAUGGGAAUAUCUACCACUAAACAUGGACAUGACCAUCUGGGAACUUAGUGGGCAAGAGACAACACAGAAAAUCCCAGGAUACAAAACUGUAUUUUAUUUGUAUGCCUAUGUAACAUUUCAUUUGUUCAUGCCACAA